CUGGAGGAGCACUCUGUGAGUUCGUGUAACUGGUGUGCAUUUGGUUGUGUGUAUGUGUGUGAGUGUGCGUGUCUGAAUGCGAACAAGUUGAUAUUAUUUUUAAAUUUUCUUAACAUCUUUGAAUUAAGCAGUGGAAGUAAGUCGGGCCUCCGGCGAGUGGGCCGUCUUUCAGAGCCGCCUGAGGAACAGAAAAAGACUUUCCACAACAACAACGCAGACUCAAAUGAACUCGAAAAUAACAAGUUUGCUACGCACAGCCUUUGAAAACAAGCCACAUCUACGCAGUUUAACGAAUUUCGAUUCAUCUUCUUUUUCGACACUAGCUAACUUGGAGCUAAGAGUCUGCAGCUGCUCACGGUGUUUUUUUUUCUUUUUUUUCUUUCUUUUUUGUGGUUGUCAGUUUUCAGUCAAGUGAUAACGUUAGUCCCGUGUGCCUUCUUUUAAAUGAGCUAAAGUCGUUCAUGUUAGCUAAUGAAGUUGUAACCGUCACAUAAGAGACAGUAAUAAAAACGUAAUUGUAGGGGAUAAGCCAUAAGCUACUCAAGCAAAAAUGCUAAAGACUCUGACGAAGAAGCUAAGAAGACAUUCACUCAAUGAGAUACAUCCUUUUCAACUGAAGAUUUCUUACCAUGGCAGUGGUGAGGGAGGGGAGAGUGAUGACUCAGAGGGAGAGAACCAGGAGCUUGCACAGAUUGACAGAGAGAGACGGAGAAAUUGCGCCCUCACCCCUUUGGCCACCAGCCAGCAGCACAACCAGGGUCCCCUCUCUCCAGCCCGAUUACGACGCCUCCGCCUCUUGCUAGAUGCCAAUCUGGAUCGCCACUCUUCAGAGGAAGAGCUGGAGCGAAUCAGCUGCGGGGACAACAGGAAGUGGGUGUCACUUCCCCAGCGCCACAGCGAUCACCACAGUAGCACCUCCAGCGAUGAGGAGGUGCGGGACCUCUGUGGCUGCGGGUCACCAGCUGCCUCUGCCAGGCCGCUGGUUGAGCCAGGUGCUUGCCUGGCCGCCUCCCCCAGCCCUGUGCUCUUCAGCUCCAGCCCACCACGUAGCCUCAAGCCGCCCCCCAUGCGCUUUCAGCUCCAGGUGGUGAAGCCAGUGGCACGGCCAAUCAUUUUGACCCACUUUGACCAGUCAGCACCUUACAGAAAGUAUCGACAUAGCUACGGCGGGGAACCAGGGAGGCCCAGUCUUGACCUAGAGAAAAUGCAACAGAAAAUGCUGCUGAAAAAGAACUGUGGAGGGAAAACACGGACUAUAAAGAUUCGGAAUUUGACUGGCAGUCGUCCUCCGCCCAGGUACACGUACGAUCCCUCCAUCUUCGCCUUCCGGUCCCUGAGCACAGUGCCCCCCUGCAGCCCCCUGACCCCGUCCGAGGAUCCUCCCUGCUCAUAAGGAAAUUCAUUCACUGCCAGAUAAUCCUCUUCCCCCCCUCUUCAUUCCCAGAUGGCUGCUUUUUUUGUGGCUUCUGCAGCGAGACCAAGGAGUGACUGUUAUGAAACAGACCGCUAGAAAGACUUUUGUUUGAUGGUCGAACUAUUGCACACUCAGGUAAUCCCACCCUGUAACGCUGUCACUUUGAUCAUUAUUCUCCAUGUGAAAUCAACAGGAACAUUUGGAGAAUAAAAUGGCCUAAACAAAACAUUUCUAAGGAUAUUUCAGGUAUUGCAUAUUAUAUUGCUGUCUCUGAAAAGAUCCUGUGAUUGGAGAGGGAAUGAUCAAGAAACAAAUAUGGACUAUGGACCAGAGGUGGUACAAAGGGACAAGGCUACAACCUGACUUUAGUUUUGGGCUGGAUCAGUUUCAAGGGAAAUAAUGCAUGUAAGACAAUCAAAUGGUUCCAAGGUUUCUUCCUUUGAUGUGAUUACUGGACAUCUUGUAAGGUUCUUGGUAACUACAUAUUCUAAACAUGGCGAGGUGAGUCACCUGAUAUCUUGUUAUUGUCGAGAUGAACAUAGACAGUGGUCAAAUUCGUCUGUCUGAAAACCUACUUCGUUGGAUGUGUUAUUUGAAUAUGCAGGUCAUGACGAGCUAUAACAAAAUGUAUGAUUGUAGUUGAAUAGUCAACCUUUGACCUUUGAUGAUGUACGUUUCUUAAUGAAUUUUAGUCCAGGUCAAAGUUAAGUACUUGUAUCCUCUUUUCUUGCAUGAAUUCCACUGUUUUGCAGAAAGAGCGGUAUGUUGAAAUAAGGAAGUAUGAGUAUAGUUUGCUGCACAUUUGGCAAGUGUAUCUGGUGCUGUGUUAUGCAUAGCCUACUUGUAGUGUGCCAUUUUUUUUCCAAUAUUGUACCUCAUUACUUUCUAGGUAGAAGAGGACCACUGGUAUAUCUAAGACAUCCCAGUGUUUUCUAAAGAUCUCUUAAUGCCUUGAAAUGACAUUCCUGUUGUGUUGAAUGAAACUUGAGGUAGUUCUCAGCUCUUGAAACGAGCUGAUUAAUUGAUUAAACACAAUGUCACCACUGUAACUAAGAUUUUGCCGAAGUGAAUGUAACAUUGUGACAUGUUUUCGUCCCUUGUUGCACAAAAUGAAUCAAUAAAUGCCCUGUGGCCUCUUGUUAA